CACGGUCUCUUCGUGCAAUUCAAUUUUCAAACUCCAAAACCGUUUUAAUCUUUAUCACAUCAAAAAAGCAACCACCGUUCCAAUCUAUCACCACCGGUCGCCGUCGCGUCGCCGCCGUCACACACUCUCUCAACACACUCCGGCGACACUGAACCUCCUCACAUCUCAACAAUGACAUCAACCGACACUGCAAAUUUCGAUCUCAGAUCCAGCUAUGGCGCGAGUGAGUAUACAUUUGCUGACGUGGAUAAUCUGGAUCAUUGUACGAAGUAUUUGAACCAGUCGCUAGUCACAUUUGGAUUUCCGGCUUCUCUGGAUCUGUUUGCAACUGAUCCGGUUUCGAUUGCGCGGACUUGCAAUUGUAUAUACUCGUUGUUGCAGCAGAGGCAACGCGAUAUUGAGUUUCGAGAGUCGACUAAUGAUCAGAGGCAACGACUUUCGUCAGACAUAUCAAGAUUAGAGGCUAAGGUAGAGAGGCUGGAGUCACAGUUGUCGGCUAAAGAUAGGGAAAUAGCAACUAUUACCCGCACGGAAGCAAAAGCAAAAGCUGCUCUUAAGGCUCAAAUUGAGAAGUUGCAGCAGGAAAGAGAUGAAUUUCAAAAGAUGGUUAUCGGAAAUCAGCAAGUAAAAACUCAACAGAUACAUGAGAUGAAGAAAAAAGAAAAAGAGUACAUUAAAUUGCAGGAGCGACUAAAUCAAGUUAUGAUGGAGAAAAAGAAGGAAUCUAGAUCAGGCAUGGAAAUUAUGAAUUUACUUCAGAAAGAAGGGAGACAACGUGGGACAUGGAAUGGGAAGAAGGCUGACAACGAUUUCUAUAAAAAAAUUGUGGAUGCAUACGAGGCAAAAAAUCAAGAACUGGUUACGGAGAAUUCCGAUCUAAGGGCAUUGUUACGAUCAAUGCAGGUGGAUAUGCGGGAAUUUCUGAAUGCGCCAAACGGUUCGUCCAAACAUCCUUCCCCAGUUAAUGAAAGGGAUGUUGACCCCUCGCAAUCUCCAUUGGGCGGUAGGACGGAUGUCUUUGACCUACCAUUUCAUAUGGGUAGAGAUCAAAUAGAAGCGUUUUUGCGAAACAAGGUGGCUUCAAUAAAGGAGCGCAUGGGUCAGCUACAAGAUGCGGAAAAAGAAGCUGAAGUCACUUCUGAAGCAACUGAGAGAGAGCUAGAGUUAGAGGCUCAACUUGUUGAAGCAAGAAGUAUAAUUCAAGAGCAGGCAUCUAUUAUGUCUAAACGCCUUGCAAAGUCCGAGAAACCAAGGAGGUUGAGUGGUCAUUUGAAUGCUGAAAGGGAUUCCAUCAUAUCGUCAGCUGCUGAGGGUGUAUGAGUUUGUUCACUCGAUGCCACCUCCUGCUAUCGCAUUCAAGUCGGGUUUGGUUCUAUAUUCUAGCAUGUGUUGUGUAGUAAUAGUAAUUCAUGUCACCAGCCUUUUGACAUUUAUCAUAUUUAUAUAGGUAGUCUUAAAUAUGUGCUACAAUCAUGAAGCAAUGAUUAGUCGUGAAUUAGCGAUAUUGUUCAAUAUCGCAUGAUCGUGAUUCGUUAAAUCUUUUGUUCA